AUGGGCCUCUUGGGGAAAUCCUAUGAUUUAAAAGCUGAAGAGGACAGCCCCAACGAGUACUCCCCAUACAAGGCAGAGAAGGGCUAUGGCUGGGCAGAAGCCCUGCCUGAGAAGCAGGGUCUCUAUGACCCAGAGCUGGAGAAGGAUGCCUGUGGUGUAGGCUUCACCGCUCACAUCAAAGGAAAGGCAAGCCAUAAAAUUGUUAGCGAUGCGCGGAGUCUACUAUGCAACAUGACCCAUCGAGGGGCAGUCGGGUCUGAUGCUCGAGACGGUGAUGGCGCAGGUGUCAUGACCAGUAUCCCCCACAAGUUCUUUGUGAAGCAUUUUGCCAGAGAUAUCGAUGUCAUCCUUCCGCCAUUGGGACAAUAUGCAGCGGGGAAUCUCUUCUUCAAGCCUGACCCCGAGGCCCUCAAGGAGUCCCAGGCUACCUUCGAGGAUCUUGCAAAGCAAUUGAACCUCCGCGUGCUGGGUUGGAGAGAAGUGCCGCAUGAUUCGACGAUACUCGGGCCUGCCGCCUUGUCUCGUGAACCUUUCAUUUACCAACCUAUUAUUGUCCUUCAUUCUGCGUAUGGAGACGGCAAUGUUCCCCUUGAAAACCACGCUGCACUCUUUGACGAGCGACUCUUUGAGCGGCAGUUGUAUGUCUUGAGGAAGCGAGCCACUCAUGUCCUUGGAUUGGUCAAUUGGUUUUAUCUCUGCUCCUUGAGUAAUAAAAAUAUCGUAUACAAGGGUCAAUUGGCUCCUGUGCAAGUCUAUGAAUAUUAUCAUGAUCUAGUCUCCGUUGAUUAUGAGGGUCAUUUUGCCCUGGUUCACUCCCGAUUCUCCACGAACACUUUCCCUUCCUGGGAUCGCGCCCAGCCUCUCCGAUGGGCAGCACACAAUGGUGAAAUAAACACCCUUCGCGGAAACAAGAACUGGAUGAGAGCAAGAGAAGGCGUACUCAAGUCGGAAGUGUUUGGAGACGAAUUGGAUUCCUUGUACCCGAUUGUGGAGGAUGGUGGCUCCGAUUCUGCUGCGUUCGAUAACGUACUAGAAUUGCUCACAAUAAACGGCGUCCUCUCCCUUCCCGAAGCAGUCAUGUUGAUGAUUCCAGAGGCCUGGCAGGACAAUCCUACCAUGGAUGCCGCAAAGGCCGCCUUUUAUGAAUGGGCUGCCUGUCAGAUGGAGCCAUGGGAUGGUCCGGCUCUCUUCACUUUCUCCGACGGCCGAUACUGCGGUGCCAAUUUGGACCGCAACGGCCUCCGUCCAUGCAGAUACUACAUCACAGACGAUGAGCGUAUCAUAUGUGCAUCUGAAGUCGGCGCUCUCACCAUUGACCAGGAGCGUGUCAUCGAGAAGGGUCGCCUGCAGCCUGGAAAAAUGCUUCUCGUCGAUACGGUUGCUGGAAGAAUCAUUGACGAUGCAGAGCUGAAGCAAAACGUUGCAAGCCGUCAGCCAUUCGCCAAAUGGAUUCAGGCACAGCUUCUCAGCCUACCCAAGAUUCACCAGGAAUUCGUCGACAACAAAACAAUUGAGCUUGCUCCUAAGCUGGACGAGCUGACCGUGCAGCAAGACCCUAGAUUGAAGGCAUUCGGGUAUACCUUUGAACAAGUUAGUUUGCUGCUUGGUCCAAUGGCUGCUGACUCUAAAGAGGCUCUUGGAUCCAUGGGCAACGAUGCUCCUCUCGCAUGUAUUGCUCAGCAACCUCGUCUCCUGUAUGAGUACUUCCGCCAACUGUUCGCUCAAGUCACAAAUCCCCCUAUCGAUCCUAUUCGCGAGGCCAUCGUGAUGUCUUUGGAGUGCUACGUCGGUCCUCAGGGUAACUUGCUCGAAAUCAAUGAAACACAGUGCAACCGCCUCCAUCUUCCAUCUCCUAUCCUCUCACUCAGUGAAUAUGAUACUAUCAAAAACAUCACCUCCCUACACAAGGACUGGCCUGUAAAAAUCAUCGAUAUCACUUUUGAGAAAUCAAAGGGGGUACAGGGCUACCUCGAUGCCCUCGAUGCCAUCUGCGAAUCUGCCACUGCAGGUAUUGAGAACGGCGAUCGUGUUCUAGUUUUAUCCGAUCGAGCCACUUCCACAGAUCGGGUUCCGGUGUCUGCUCUGUUGGCCACUGGUUUAGUCCAUCACCAUCUUGUCCGCAAUAAAUGGCGUUCCUUGGCUGCUUUGGUGGUCGAAACUGCUGAAGCCCGUGAAGUCCAUCACAUGUGUGUACUCGUUGGUUAUGGUGCUGAUGGUAUAUGUCCAUACCUUGCUCUGGAGUGCAUCCUAAAAAUGAACCGCGAAGGUCUUAUCCGCAAGAAGCUCACCGAUGAGCAAAUUGUUAACAACUAUAAGCAUUCAGUUGACGGAGGUAUCCUGAAGGUCAUGAGCAAGAUGGGUAUUUCCACAUUGCAGAGUUAUAAGGGGGCACAAAUUUUCGAGGCCCUUGGUAUUGAUGAUAGUGUCAUUGAUAGAUGCUUUGUUGGAACGGCAAGCAGAAUUCGAGGAAUGACUUUUGAAACCAUUGCUCAAGACGCCUUUGCCUUCCAUGAAAAGGGGUAUCCCUCUCGACAAAUUACUGAAAUUCCUGGCCUGCCUGAAUCCGGCGAGUAUCACUGGAGAGACGGUGGUGAGCCACACAUCAACGACCCAGUCAGCAUCGCCAAUAUGCAAGAUGCUGUCCGUACCAAGAACGACAAAUCAUAUGAAGCCUAUGCUAAGGCAGAAUAUGAGCAGAUCAAGAACUGUACGUUGCGUGGAAUGCUGGAGUUCGACUUUGAGCAACGCGCACCGGUCCCAAUUGACCAGGUUGAGCCAUGGACCGAUAUUGUCCGUCGCUUUGUCACCGGUGCCAUGUCUUAUGGUUCUAUCUCCCUUGAAUCUCAUUCCACUCUUGCCAUUGCCAUGAACAGGCUAGGUGGUAAAUCCAACACGGGUGAAGGUGGUGAAGACUCUAGCCGCAGUAAAAUAGGGAAGAACGGCGACACGAUGAGAUCUGCUAUCAAACAAAUUGCUUCUGGUAGAUUUGGUGUCACCUCCAACUACCUUGCAGAUGCGGAUGAGCUACAGAUCAAGAUGGCCCAAGGUGCGAAGCCUGGUGAAGGAGGUGAACUGCCUGGUCAUAAAGUUACCGGGCCUAUCGCACAUACCAGACAUUCUACCCCUGGCGUUGGUCUGAUCUCGCCUCCACCUCACCAUGACAUCUACUCCAUUGAAGAUCUGAAACAACUCAUUUACGAUCUCAAAUGUUCUAAUCCUCGUGCUCGUGUUUCAGUCAAACUUGUUUCUGAGGUUGGCGUUGGUAUCGUUGCAUCUGGUGUCGCUAAAGCAAAGGCAGAUCAUAUUCUUAUCGCUGGCCACGACGGAGGUACCGGUGCUUCUAGAUGGACUGGUAUCAAAUAUGCCGGUCUCCCAUGGGAGCUAGGAUUGGCUGAGACCCAUCAAACCUUGGUUCUUAAUGAUCUGCGUGGCCGUGUUAUCGUCCAGACUGACGGACAGCUCAGAACAGGUCGGGAUAUUGCCAUUGCCUGUCUGCUAGGAGCCGAAGAAUGGGGAUUUGCAACCGCCCCAUUAAUUGCAAUGGGAUGUGUCAUGAUGAGGAAAUGCCACUUGAACACUUGCCCUGUCGGAAUAGCGACGCAGGAUCCCGUUCUCCGCGAAAAGUUCCAAGGCAGCCCCGAACACGUUAUCAACUUCUUCUACUACAUCGCCAACGAGCUUCGUGCAAUCAUGGCCAGGCUUGGUUUCCGCAGUGUCAAUGAAAUGGUUGGGCGAGCAGAGUUGCUGAGAAUUAGGGACGACCUGCCAUCACCACGCAUGCAGAAUAUUGAUCUUUCCCUUAUUUUGACUCCCGCACAUUCUCUCCGACCUGGAGUGGCGACGUACAACGUUAGGAAGCAAGACCAUCGCCUCCAUACUCGCCUGGAUAACAAGCUUAUCGCUGAAGCCGAGCUGGCUUUAGAAAAGGGGCUACCAUGCAGAGUUGAGUGCGAUAUUGUCAACACUGAUCGUGCCAUGGGUGCCACACUGUCUUACCAGAUCAGUAAACGAUAUGGUGAAGCUGGGUUGCCACAGGAUACCAUCCAUGCUAACAUCAGAGGAUCUGCAGGUCAGUCCUUUGGAGCCUAUCUGGCCCCUGGUGUCACCCUGGAACUGGAGGGUGAUUCGAACGAUUAUGUCGGCAAAGGUUUGUCCGGCGGUCGUCUCAUCAUCUAUCCUCCACGCGGUGCCGUUUUCAAGGCUGAGGAAAACAUCAUUAUCGGAAAUGUCUGCUUGUACGGCGCAACUAGUGGAAGCUGCUACUUCCGUGGUGUUGCUGCUGAGCGAUUUGCCGUUCGUAACUCUGGUGCCACCGCUGUCGUUGAAGGAGUAGGUGACCAUGGUUGUGAGUACAUGACUGGUGGCCGUGUGCUGAUUCUAGGUCCUACCGGGCGAAAUUUCGCCGCGGGUAUGUCUGGAGGUAUCGCAUAUGUCCUCGACACUGCUGGAGAUUUCUACCAAAAAGUCAAUAUGGAGAUGGUUGAACUUUCUGGCGUCGAAGAACCCGCCGAAAUUGCAUUCUUGCGUGGUUUGAUUGAAGAUCAUCAUCACUAUACUGGCUCCGAAAUCGCAGCUAGGAUCUUGGUUGAUUUCACCAAGGCCUUGUCGCAUUUCGUCAAGAUUUUGCCAACGGACUAUAAGCGUGUGCUUGAGGAAGAAGCAGCCAAAGUUGAGGCAGCUAAGAAGCUGGAACUUUCACACCUAAGUUCUCGCCAGAAGCAUGUGGCAAAACAAGAAGAGAAGGCAGAACAUAAGCAUCGUGAGGACUCUCAACCCAGAAGCGACCUCCUAGACAUCGAAGAUAGCAUUGGUGAUGCCAAAACCGAGAAAAAACGCACUGCCUUAAUCCUGGACAAGACUAAGGGCUUCAUGAAGUAUGCCCGACGUCAUGAGAAAUACAGGAACUCGAGAACUCGUACUCGUGACUGGCAAGAACUGUCACCACGACUUACUGAGGAUGAGUUGAAAUAUCAAUCAGCUAGAUGCAUGGACUGCGGUGUUCCGUUCUGUCAGUCUGAAACCGGCUGCCCUAUUUCAAACGUCAUUCCAAAAUGGAACGAGCUUGUAUUCCAGAAUCAAUGGCAAGAUGCACUUAACAGGCUACUCAUGACGAAUAACUUCCCCGAAUUCACUGGCCGUGUCUGCCCAGCUCCCUGCGAAGGUGCUUGUGUUCUCGGCAUUGUCGACGACCCAGUUGGCAUCAAGUCAAUUGAAUGUGCUAUAAUUGAUAGAGGCUUUGAGAUGGGUUGGAUGGUUCCGAAGCAACCUCUAAGCCGUACUGGAAAAACCGUCGCAGUCAUUGGCUCUGGGCCUGCUGGUCUGGCAGCUGCAGACCAACUUAACCGCGCCGGACACAGUGUAACGGUGUAUGAGCGUGCAGACCGCAUCGGUGGCUUGUUGAUGUAUGGAAUCCCAAAUAUGAAACUGGACAAGAAGGUGGUUCAGAGGCGUGUUGAUUUCAUGGCUGCUGAAGGUAUCAAGUUCGUCACCAGCACUACCGUUGGGCCAGACGAGGAAGUGUCUCUCAAAUCACUCCAAAAUGCCAAUGAUGCCGUUGUCAUCGCUACUGGUGCCACUGUUGCGCGAGACUUGAAGAUUCCAAAUCGUGAAUUGGAGGGAAUUCAUUUCGCUAUGGAAUUCCUCCAUCGCAACACCAAAUCACUCCUCGACUCCGAGCUAAAUGACGGAGAGUAUAUUUCCGCAAAGGGCAAAGACGUCAUCGUAAUUGGUGGCGGUGAUACUGGUAACGAUUGCAUCGGCACUUCAGUUCGACACGGUGCAAAAUCUGUUACCAACUUUGAGCUGCUGCCUCAACCUCCACAGGAACGUGCUCGUGAUAACCCAUGGCCUCAGUGGCCUCGAAUCUACCGUAUUGACUAUGGUCACAGCGAAGUCAAGACACAUAUGGGCAAAGAUCCACGUGAGUUCUGUGUCAUGUCGAAGGAGUUCGUCGGCGAUGAAAAUGGCCGUGUUAAAGGUAUCAACAUUGUCCGGGUUGAAUGGACGAAGAGUGCUUCCGGUGGUUGGGAUAUGAAGACUGUUGAAGGAAGCGAACAGUUCUUCCCUGCCGACUUGGUACUCCUUUCUAUGGGCUUCCUGGGCCCUGAAGAUCGCCUUCUCGGAGAUGAAGUUGAAAGAGAUGCCCGCAAGAAUAUCAAGACUCCAGCUGGUCAUUAUGCGACGAAUAUCCCUGGCGUAUUUGCUGCCGGAGAUUGUAGGCGCGGGCAAUCGCUUAUUGUCUGGGGUAUUAACGAAGGCCGUCAAGCUGCUCGAGAAAUCGAUACUUAUCUUAUGGGCAGCACAUCCUAUCUUCCAGCAGCCGGCGGAAUUGUCCGACGUCCAGCGAUCGAGUCUGUCCCGACGGCUCCUCAGAUGGAAGUCCCAGCAGUCGCUGCGUAA